AUGAUCAAGCUCAUUUUGCUCUUCCUGCUUAUGGUGACCAUGAUGGUGGGACGGCCAGUGGCAGCAGCAGACCCUGACAUUACUACUGAUUUUGGCAUCAAUGUCACCUCUGGUGCCCAGCUCCACUUCACAGGCUUCAGAGAUCUUCCAGAUUCGGCGGCCAAAAAGAUCGUCAUCACUUUCGCCUUCGACACACAGUUCCCGGGAGUGACUGGGCUUGGUUUAGCUACGUCCUUAUUGAAAUUUGGACCCUCAGCUCUCAAUUCCGUGCACCACCAUCCUCGAGCGAGCGAAGUUUUCUACAUUAUCGACGGAGAAAUUGACGCAGGAGUCGUGGACACCAAGAACAACCUCUUCACAGCUACUCUGAAGAAAGGUGAUGUGUUUGUCUUUCCCAAGGGACUAAUGCACUUCCAGAUCAACCGAAGCAAGACGAAGACAGCCACCGUCAUCGCCGUAUUCAACAGCGAAAAUCCAGGUCGCUUGAGCUGGCCUCCUGCUCUGUUCAAUUCCAAUCCUCGCAUACCCACUGACAUUCUGAUGGAAGCUUUCAACCUCGACGAGACGACAGUUAACAGUCUGAAAAUGUACAAUUUUCUCCGAGAGUGA